AGCUGCGUUUGGAGCUUAAUGUUCUUUCCAGAACCACAUGGAAUAACAAGAGUGUAGGAGAACUGAAAGCAAAGCUCAUCCAUUUGAAAAACCCAGAUAGAAACUUUUUUAGAAGUGGAAAGGACUUUUUUUUUAUUCCCGAAAAAAUCCAGAACGUGGACUAUAUUUCCCCCCUCCACAACUACGUGAGGUGGAAGUCCAAGGAGAAUCCUGCUCACAAAAGAAACUGGAUGAGAAAGGUAAAGGUAGUGACAAAGGUUGAGAUUUUUGAUCAGUGACACCUCUCUUGAACAGUGCGCUGUCUUUUAGAAAGUUGCUGACGGAGCUUUGGCAUUUGAUCAUCUCCAACUGCUGAUUAACACAGCACCGUUUUAUAUUUAACUCUGACCAGAGCAGGAGGAGUUGGGGGUGGGGUUGUGCGGCUUAUAAGGCAAAUAGGAGCAGCCACAAAGUUCUUCUGCAUGCGUUUCCUCUUUCUUCUCUCCUGAACUGAAUCCUGCUUUACCAGUCAUUUUCCUUUGGAAAAAAAAUCAAACUUUUUUGUGGGGAGGGGGGGUUAACUGUCUUAAAGGAAACUGAGGGGAGGGAGAGAGGAAAGAGGCAAGCAAAAGCAGAUGAGAAGGAAAGAGGAAGAGACAGCUUAUUAAAUACAGCCGAGUCCCUUCUUCAACCAAAGAGAGAGAGCGAGAGAAGAGAGCGAGCAAGCCACCGCACUGUUGCUUAAUGUGUCUGUUUUAAAUUGUAAGUUUGGUAAGCACAGUGGGAGAUGCAAGGAAUGGAUAUUGAAGACAAGUCAUCCAAAAUGCAUUGCAUGAAAGGCAAGCACGUGGCCAUCAUUUGUGGAGUGGUAACUGCUGUGGGUUUGAUUUUAGGACUCGGAUUAGGUUUAGGCUUAAAACCUGAGACCUGCUACCCUCCAGAAGACAAUGGGCAAGUGUCAACAAAACCACCCACAUCCACUGCUCCAGAGGUCACACAUCCUUCAGAGACCAGUGUGUUUUGCAGUGCCAAAAACGAUGAAAAUGGACCCUGGAUGAAUUUCAGGCUGCCCAACUAUUUUCACCCAGUUCAUUACGACUUAGAUUUGACUCCUGAGAUGGAAGCUGAAGUGUACACCGGAAUGGUAAAUAUCUCCAUCAGUUUGGAAAAACAGACAACCAGACAUUUGUGGCUUCACCUGAGAGAAACAAAGAUCACAGAAAUACCUGAGCUCAGGACAUCCUCAGGCCAGGUCAUUGCGAUAAAGCGUUGUUUUGGAUAUGAACGACAUGAAUAUGUGGUGAUAGAGGCAGAAGAAGACUUGCAUCCUAGCAGCUAUUUCCUGAGUAUGAAAUUCAAAGGCUAUUUGAACGGUUCCCUGGUUGGAUUUUAUAGAACAAGCUAUGAGGAGAAUGGAAAGACCAAAUACAUAGCAGCAACUGAUCAUGAGCCAACUGAUGCACGAAAAUCAUUUCCUUGCUUUGAUGAACCUAACAAAAAAGCAACAUUUAAUAUAUCUAUUACUCAUGAACGUGACUAUGAAGCCCUAUCAAACAUGCCAGUAGAGACUAUGCCUAAAAGAUGUAAUGAAGGAAUGGGAGAAAUGGAACACAUUUUAUCUGACGUCAGAGAAAACAAAAUAGCAAUUCCAGAUUUUGGCACCGGGGCCAUGGAGAACUGGGGGCUGAUCACUUAUAGAGAAACUAAUCUCCUUUACGAUUCACAAGAAUCUGCUGCUUCAAACAAGCAAAGAGUGGCAGCUGUGGUUGCCCAUGAACUUGUCCAUCAGUGGUUUGGAAAUAUUGUGACCAUGGAUUGGUGGGAUGACUUAUGGCUAAAUGAAGGAUUUGCCAGUUUCUUUGAGUUUAUGGGUGUAAAUGCUAAAGAAGAAAAUUGGCAAAUGCUGGACCAAAUUUUAAUUGAUGAUCUACUCCCAGUGCUGAAGGAUGAUUCUUUGGUUUCAUCUCACCCUAUUACUGUGAAUGUGUCUUCUCCUGAUGAAAUAACUUCUGUGUUUGAUGGCAUAUCCUACAGCAAAGGAGCAUCAAUUCUCAGAAUGCUUGAAGAUUGGAUCUCUCCAGCACACUUCAGAGCUGGAUGUCAGAAAUACUUAACAGAACACCAUUUUAAAAAUGCAAAAACAGAAGAUUUCUGGAAAGCAAUGGAAGAGGUAAGUGGGAAGCCUGUCAAAGAAGUGAUGGACACAUGGACCAGGCAGAUGGGUUAUCCUGUGUUGAAAGUUAAUUCAAGCUCAACAGUCACACAGCAACGUUUUCUAUUGGAUCCCAAAGCAGAUCCCUCCAAGCCAUCUUCUCAGUUUAGUUACAAGUGGAAUAUUCCAGUAAAGUGGGAAGAGGGGAAAACAUCAAAUAUAACAUUCUACAAUAAAUCAGAAUCAGCAGGAAUUACUAUUCCACGACCCAAUAAUCUUCCUGCUGAUUCUUUCUUGAAAAUAAACAAGGAUCAUGUUGGGUUUUAUCGUGUAAAUUAUGAACCCCAAGUCUGGCGUGAUUUAGCUGAUAUUAUGAUCAAAGGCCAUCAGAAUUUUAGUCUAGCUGAUCGUGCGGGUUUUAUCGAUGAUGCUUUUGCAUUGGCCAGAGCUGGACUUCUGAAGUAUGCUGAUGCAUUGAACCUUACAAAAUAUCUGCUACACGAGAAAGAAUAUAUACCAUGGCAAAGGGCUGUAGUAGCGGUAUCGUAUAUUGGACACAUGAUUGAAGAUGAUAAGACACUCUAUCCCAAAUUUCAGAAGUAUUUUGGUAGCCUGGUCAAGCCCAUCGCAAGUGAACUGAAAUGGGAGACUGAUGAUGACCAUAUCAAGAGCCUCCUUCGUACAACUGUUUUGGAAUUUGCAUGCAAUAUGGAUGACCCAGAGGCUUUGGCGAAUGCCUCUUCCAAGUUUAAGACUUGGAUGAAUGGAACAAGUCUAGAUGUAAAUAUCCGUCUCCUGGUGUACCGUUUUGGGAUGCAGCACUCAGGUGACGAGCAAGCCUGGAAUUAUAUGUUUCAGAAGUACACAACUUCAACAUUAGCUCAAGAAAAGGAGAAGCUUCUCUAUGGCCUGGCAUCAGUGAAAAACAUAACUCUGCUGAACAGAUUCUUAAAUUGCAUCAAAAACACAACUCUCAUAAGAAGUCAAGAUGUGUUCACUGUCUUGAGAUACAUCUCCUUUAAUAGUUACGGCAAAACCAUGGCCUGGGACUGGGUACGGCUCAACUGGGAAUAUUUGGUCAAACGAUACACUCUUAAUGAUAGAAAUCUUGGCCGCCUAAUAUCAAGAAUAUCAGGCACAUUUAACACAGAGCUCCAGCUUUGGCAGAUGGAAAAUUUCUUUGAGAGAUACCCUGAUGCUGGAGCAGGAGAAGCCUCAAGAAAGCAAGCUUUGGAAACUACAAAGAGCAACAUCGAAUGGCUAAAACAAUACCGAGAUGACAUAGCAACCUGGCUUGAAAAUUCAGAGCAGCCAAACUUUGUAUAAUUGUGUCUCAGUCCUCAUGAAAAUUCUUAGGAUUUUUUUUUUUUUUUAAAUCACACCAACAUGGUAAUUUGCAGAAAUGCUACAUUUAGAUUUUGACAGAUCUGUCAACUUUGAAAUACUUUAAUUUAUUGAAAUAUGUAUUGAAAGAAGCCAUCAAGUCAUUCUUAAAUGUUCCUAUAAAUGUUUCUAAUCUCCUAGAAUAUUUGUUCACAUUUGUUUUAACUGGAUAAAAUGUAAAAUUAUAAUUUGCACAAACAUAAUUAUAGGAUCUCCAUUACGUUUACGAGCAUUACUGAUGUUUGUACUUAACCACAUAUUCACCACUCUGAAAACGAAUCUUUUAUACAAAAAUAUUUAUUAUUCCAUGUGUUCAGGAGGCCCUUUCAAAUAAAACUUCAUAGAAUCCAUUCCAAAGGGAGGGCUUUGCCUCUAUUCAGAAAAAAAACUAGGUAAUAUGUAUAUAUUCUGUUAGGAAAUAAAAGCACAACCCAAUGUUGGCAGGGAGGAGAGGAGAAAUCACAAAAUUUUGAGAAACAGACAAACAGACAGACUGACUGACUGAUUAAAGUUAUUAUUCUAAAGUAACUUUGAGAAACCCAUAGCUUUGAUAAAGAUUAUAUUUAGGGCAAGAGGAAAAUGCAUAUUCAGAAAUUUCAGGUAAAGAAUCAUUGGCAGCUGGCUUGAUCUAAGAAUUCUCAUCUUGAACCCUGAAAAGCUGUUAUCACCCAAAAGAGUAGUCAGCAGCAUUUUAAUUGGUGGGUACUGCUGCUUGGCUUUGUGUUAUAGCAUCGGCACCUAUUUUUUAAUUUACUUUUUAAUGUCCGGCUCUCACCAUAAUCUUAUAUUCAAAUACUAAAAUCUCUCACACAUUUGGACAACCUUGAAAAAAAUUCAGCCAUUGGAGAUUGGAUUUUAACAAUGAAAAAGGCUAUGAUACAAUUUUAUAAACAAAUAAUUCAAUCUUUCUGAAAUGGGCAUUUUAUACAGUAGCUGAGCACUGCUGAGAAAAACAGCUAGAAAUUAAUUAGUCCAAAAUGUCCUAACACCAAACAAUCACCCAGUAGAACAAAUUAAGACCUUGAAAUAUCUGGAUAUUAUUUUCCAUGCGACAGGCAACCAUAAAUCCCAUGCCAGCUUUAAGUCCCAUUAUGUCAGCUUAAAUGCACAAAAACAGCAUCAACUUUACAAUCUUUCCACUUAUCCAAAGAAGCUCAAAUAUACCUGCAGCAAUUAAAGUUUUCUCAGCUAAGAUCUUAGCCCAGCGUCUCUUUGGAGUUCAGCUGGACACCUACAGGCUAUUCCUUUCUCUUGAAAGAGUUCAGUUCUAGCUCCGGGAUCUUCUUCAUUCCAAAUGGGGUAUUUUGCCGUGAAGCUGGCCUACUUAAAAUAGAAAACUUGUGGAUCAAACUUGCUUCCCCCUUUCCCUCCCACCCCACCCCCCGCUGAUUUGGCCCCUGUAAUCAUGACUUUCACUUUUCCUGGUGCCAUGCAAUACUUACUCAAUAUCAAUCCUAUGGCUUUACACGGGCUUUUUUUUUGAGCUACAAUAUUCUGUAUAUUUUCCACGACCAGUCAGAUACCUAAGCUUCAUAACGGUUCCAAAAUUUAGAAAGGCUUAUCCUUGACUAAAUUUAACGCCCUGCUCCUAAGAGCUGUUACUGAAGGAAGAUCUAAAACGUCCUUUUGUAUCCAUGAGGUGGAGGAAUAGUUGAGGCAAUGGAACAUGUUCCUUUAUAUUGUCUCUUCUACGCAGGAAUUAUCUCCAUUCUUCACUAAACAUCCUGGUUGUUCUAUCCUUCUUAAGUUAUUACUCUCUAAUCAGUCUGAUUUUACUUCACUGACCACAGCCAAGAACUGUCUAUAGUUUGUACAGUACACUGUAGUAUCUCCUCUCUUCUUUUAAAUAUUUCAGAAUGUUAUGUCUUUCCUCUUGUACUUUAAUUAUGAUGUUUUGUUUUAUUUGCUGUUCUGUGACUGAAUAAAUAUUGAUUGAGUGAUAAUAAAUAUUGA